UAUUGCCGCUCAUACUUGCGUGAAAUACUUGUGACACGGAUUACAAGAAGACGUUCAGUUAUAUAUAUAAUUUGUCACCGAGAAUGACAUGUAAAUAUAAGGGAAUAUACUGAUACCGAUUUAUGCAUGUCUUUGUAAUGUGUUUUUGAAAGUUAAUAUUAGUUGAAUAUAUAUAUAUUCAUAUAUUAUACCUAUACAGACAAACGGAUAGAAAUUUAGUUAUUUAUGUGAGUUGGAAUUAAUAUCACUUUAAUUUUGUGGAGAAAUUUAGUUAUUAAGUUGCUGAAAUACAGUUAUUUAUACGCACUAGUACUAGUGAAAGAUGGAAAUGUGCUGAAAAAUAUUAAAAGGAGUUUAGUAUUGCUUGGAAUUAAAACAGAUAUAAAGUACGUUCCGUUUUGGAUAAACGUACAUUUCAGUACAUACAGAAAAUUCAUCUAUUGAUUUAUAAUAAAUGUAUUUUGGAAUGCACAUUUUAAAAGAAUUCAGAUCGUUGGUUUCAUAAUCAGCAUCAAGAAUUAUUGUGUCUGAGAAGUGUUGCGUGGGAGUCUGCUGCCCUUAUGACCCAUUCGGAUGUGUUAUAAAAGUCAGCUCUAGCCGAAAGUUGAAAUGGUAUUUCCCGUCAGACUGUUAAUUCAUAUAUAGUGAACUUAUCUGGAUAUCUCUAUGAAUACAAUGAAUGGAAUAUAAUAUUAUUUAAUAUGAGAGUGAAUGGAACGCGUCAACUUAGUGGACGGUAGCAGUAUACAGCGUUAGAACUUUUAGUAGCAAAGAACAACCGAAGGGUGAAGAAGUUAAAACAUCUAUAAACCCAACUGAGAAGUUAUUUUAAAGCAUAGACAAUAAUGUUCCUGACAAAGUUUCCUCGGUUAAGAGGAGACUGAUAUGGUUUCAUUGAUAUUUCUGCAAGGAGAAAAGACGAAAAAGUACCGUACAAAUGUUCGUGAAAUGUGUUCUUCGUCAACAUUACUAAAGAUCAAGGGAAUCAAAGAGCUUGCUUAUUUCGUAUUAUUUUCCGUGAUGCUGACAAGCUCUACGCUGGCCGCCCCAAAUCGAGGCUACACGAAUAUUGAUGCUGGUGGUCAACAAGGAAUAUUAUUUCACAAUUGUAGAGAAGUGGACUUCGAACAUUUACAAUAUCUAAUGGGUAGUUCGUUCGACUCGAAAAGAAUGGCAAUAGAUAAGAAAAACAUAGAUCAUAAUUCAUUCACAGAAAGAUCGAUUUCAAAUGCAUUAGACAAUGAAAUAGACGAUGAUAAUUCAGACUAUUUAAAUGAUAUGCCAUAUUCAAACACAGAUGACGAUGAAUUCGGAGACUUUUCUGAUUUAGAACGUUCUGAAAAUGGACUAGACGCACAAGAUGAUGAAAGCUCAAAGCCGGAUCAAAAUUCAAUAAAUUAUAUGCGGCGGAAGCGACAAACAAAAAGUAACUAUGUAAACGAAGACAAUGAAAUAGAUAGAAUUAGAUCAUCACGUAAAAAUUCAGGUGAAAAACCUCAAAAGAAAUUAUUUAGUGAUUUAAAAAAGUUUAUUCGAAAGUCUAAAAAAGGCCGAAAGGUGAAAAAAUUGCCAUGGGCUUGUCAUUUGCAACAACAGUGGGUUAAAAGGAAAGACACUUAUCCACCAUUCCUUUUGUCAGGAUCAUGCCAAAGUCAAAAAAAGUGUUUCUAUAAUUUGUAUGACUGUAAACCAGUACUGUAUGGUGUCAAAAUAUUACGAAGAGAUCCAUCUAGGUGUAAUCCUAUUCCGGCAUUGGGAAAUAGCACAGUGUACGAGGAGGUAUGGAUCAAAGAACAAGUUGACGUCACGACGGGCUGUGAAUGUGGCGUAGGAAAGAACCGUAAGUCACGACGGAGGAAGAAUAAAGGACGACCAUAAUAUUUUCACAUUCCCUUCAUGCGAAAAGUAGAUUUUUAUUCCAGUAUAUGUGAUGCCGACGAGAAAUCCACACAGUGGAAGUUAAGAAAACUCACCGGAGUAAACUAUUUUUAUAUACAUAACCAGUGCAAUGUAUUUCCCAAGUGUUACUGUUGUGAUAUUCAAAUGUUAUUUAGCAUUUACUUCCAUAUUUACUGCCAAAGUUAAGACAUUCCUUAAUGCUCUGUUGGACUAGAGGCUACAGCACUUAAUUUCAGAAAUCCAAAAUCCGUAGCGAUAGGGAUUGAACUGUGAUCGUGUGUUCAGCAAAUAUCAUUUGUUAUUUAUACAUUUAAACUUUUGCGGGUAAACUGGACCUUAUAUCGUUGUAAUACAUCCGAUUCGGCAGACCGGAAGUGUACAAACAUUUGAUAUAAGUUUUGUUAAAUAAACCGACAUCGGCAGUGUUUGCUGAAUAUAAAAGACAUUCCUGUUUAUAGUUGUUAAUUAGGAAUGGGUUCAUAAUGAAAGCACUAUUGGUGCUGAGAAAGAUUUAAGGCCAGCAAAGAAACACGUGUUUCUCAAAGUAUUUAUCCAAUGGCGUGAAUGAGAGAAUGUUUGUUGAUGAAUGUUUGUCCUUGUUAAUACUUAUUUAAAUUAUUGUUGUAUAUUUCUACAAAGUAAAAUACAGUUAUAAAAC